UUCAGUGCCUUUCGCUUCGUUAUUCUGUUUUCUUUUUAUUGGCUCUCUAAAAUCCCCCGUUUUCUUCUUUCCCUCUUUCCUUAAAACUCGCUAAUAAAAUUUCCAACACAAUUUUGAAAAUUCCUAAUCCAAUUACCACUCUCCCCUUGCCAAUCCAUUCACCAUUUUCUUUAUGGUGUUAGGCUCGGAAUUUGAUUAGGAAUUUGAUCAAAUGGCUUACAAGGUGGAUCACGAAUACGAUUAUCUCUUCAAGAUUGUGUUGAUCGGUGAUUCUGGCGUCGGAAAGUCAAAUAUUCUCUCCAGGUUUACGCGGAACGAGUUCUGUUUGGAGUCCAAGUCCACAAUUGGAGUUGAAUUUGCAACGCGGACUUUGCAGGUAGAGGGGAAGACGGUGAAGGCCCAAAUAUGGGACACAGCUGGUCAAGAGAGAUACCGAGCCAUUACCAGUGCCUAUUACAGGGGAGCAGUGGGCGCUCUUUUGGUGUAUGAUAUUACCAAGAGACAAACCUUUGACAAUGUGCAAAGAUGGCUACGCGAGCUGAGAGACCACGCUGACUCCAACAUUGUGAUCAUGAUGGCCGGAAACAAGGCCGAUCUGAACCACCUCCGGGCAGUGUCCGCCGAAGAUGCUCAGGUUUUGGCAGAGAAAGAAGGGCUGUCAUUUCUCGAGACCUCAGCCUUGGAGGCUUUAAAUGUUGAGAAGGCAUUUCAGACCAUUUUGCUCGACAUUUACCACAUCAUUAGUAAGAAAGCUUUGGCCGCUCAGGAGGCGGCUUCCACCCCCGGCCUCCCCCACGGCACCACCAUUAACGUCGCUAAUCUCUCCGGCAACUACAACAAGAGAAGUUGUUGCUCUAAUUGAUGCAGUAUAAGAGUUUUUGUUGUAAAAGGCACGAUGAAUAGAGAGUUUAUAGAUGGAAAAAAAGAGACGAGAAGAAGAGAGACACAGAGGACUGCUUCUUCAAUUUCUCUAUAUCAACUUUGUUUGUUUCUGUGGAAAAAUGGCAGAUUUUCCUGCAUCAGGCGGAUUUUUUUAUCCAGAAUGUAGGCGCUAUUAUUCUUGUCAUUUUUAAAUGUUUAUGUCUUUAUCAUUUUUUUUAUUUUUGCAAUAAAUUCUUCAUUAAAUUUUGUUUUAUAAAUAGUUUUGUUUGGCCCCAUUGAUGGACAAACGCUGUUUCAACAUCUUCCUACAUCACCAGAUUAAAUUCUAUACUUUUGUAAUAUAUAGAAUUUCUUUUGAUGGUAUUUGUAAUAUAUAGUUAUUUGUACUUGAAAAUUUUCAACUAUACUAUAUAA